AAGAGCUGAAGCGUUUCCGCUUGGGAGUUUAAAAAAAAAAGAAGCGAAUUUGGAGAGAAUAAAUCCGUUUAUCUUUAAAUCCUGAGAAAUACACAAACACGUGAUGCCCACAGAAGACUCCAGUGGCUGUCAAAAGACUUUCAGGACACCUGAUGAUGUCACCAGUUCUUCACAAAUGAAGGAAGAUCUUCACCCUUGCUCAGUUUAUGCAAAUAGAUUUACUUCCCAGAAUAAACUCCAAGUCCACCAGCACAUUCACACAGGAGAGAACCCAUAUCAGUGCUCAGAUUGUGGAAAGAGUUUCAAACGAAUAAGUCAUCUCCAAAUCCACCAGCGCAUUCACACUGGAGAGAGGCCAUAUCACUGCUCAGAUUGUGGAAGAAGUUUCAAACAAGCAAGCGAUCUCCGCAAACACCAGCGCAUUCACACAGGAGAGAAGCCGUACCGCUGUUUACAGUGUGGAAAGAGCUUUGCUUUAUUGGGUACUCUCCAAAUACACCAGCGCAUUCACACAGGAGAGAAACCCUAUCACUGCUCAGAUUGUGAAAAAAGUUUCAAACAAACAGGUGAUCUCCGAAAACACCAGCGCAUUCACACAGGAGAAAAGCCGUAUCGCUGCUCUAAUUGUGGAAAGAGUUUCAAUCAAAUAAGUCAUCUCCAGACACACCAGCGCAUUCACACAGGAGAGAAACCGUAUCACUGUUCGCAUUGUGGAAUGAGCUUUGCUCAUACAUCUACUCUCCAGACACACGAGUGCAUUCACACAGGAGAGAAGCCGUAUCACUGUUUACAGUGUGGAAGGAGCUUUGUUCAUGCAAACGCUCUCCAAACACACCAGCGCAUUCAUACAGGAGAGAGGCCAUAUCAUUGCUCAGAUUGUGGAAAGAGUUUCAAUGUCUCAAGUAAUCUCCGAAAACACCAGCGCAUUCAUAGUGGAGUGAGACCAUAUCACUGCUCAGAUUGUGGGAAGAGUUUCAAUCAGACAAGUUCUCUCCGAAAACACCAACGCAUUCACACAAAAUAGAAGCCGUAUUACUUCUCACAGUGUGGAAUCUGUUUCUCUGACCUCAGUAAUUUCAACCCACGCCAACGAAUUCACACAUGGGGAAACCAUUUGUGCUUUUUACCCUCCAGCGUCAUCUCGAAACACACCAACGCAUCCAUACAGGAGAGAAGCCAUAUCCCUGCAUACAAUAUGAAAAAUUUUACUUGCAUAAGAAGAUUCCAAAAAACCUCAAAUUCACGAGACCAUACCAGUGUUGAGGAGUGGAAGGAGAGCAUGUUCCAUACUGACUCCUGAGCACCCUGAGGACCUUUUAUGGUUUUUUUCCUUCCUAUUUGUGGAGGUUCCACCCCUUGGAGACACAGGACUUGUGCAUACUGUGUAUUUUGCAAAGCCUUCAGCAUUUGGUCAGAAUUAAAGAUUAACAAAACCCAAAAAUAAACUCCUUUAGACUGACAGAUAACAUGCAAACAAAACAUGUUUGAGUGUUCAUAUUUGUACCUGUGUACUUUGUACACAUUUUAUUUGAGAACAACAAAAAAAUGUCCCUGCGCACUGCCAUCUCGGUCUCUUCCACGGACAAAUAGCGCAGUCCAAGUCCAAAUCGUGACGUCACCUACACACUACAUGACUUACCGAGACUAGUGGAUAUUGUCGACACAUUGCUUUUAAAUUGUCAACAACUUUAAAGGUGCCAAGGGUCAAGCAUUUGGGUAUAAAAAUAAGCCUGAUCAUUUUAUGAGAUGUGCUUUUGUUUGUUUUUAGUCACUGAAAAAAAGCGAUCUUUUUAGAUGGCAAGAAUCAUGUUGCUAUGGCACUUGUAUCUGUGUGUUCUCUAGCCGAGUAAGAUUUAAACUUCAUAAAAGUGAAGCCUUUUGAUAUGUGGAUUUUGUUUCCAGUAAAAAAAAAAAAAAAAAUGGUUACAAAGAAUUUUAUACUUUUAGCCUUUAUUUGUCUUUCACAUAUACUAGUGUAUCUCACAUUAGAAUAUCAUGAAAAGUUCAUUUUUCCAGAAUUUAAUUCAAAAAGGUAAAAUUUCAUAUCUAUAUUCAUUACAUAUACAGUGAAAUAUUUUAAGUAUUUUGUUUUAAAUGCUUAUAGCUCAUGAAAGUCAGAAAGCCAGUAUCUCAAAAUAUUAGAAUUUCAUUUUGAGUAAAAUAAUAUCAAAUACCCUGCAUCUCUUGGUCCAGUUCAGUACACACAACCACAAUCAUAGGGAAGACUGCUGGCUUGUUCAGAAGACACCCUUAUACUCUAUACACGCUUCAAAGCCUUGGCUUCAGACAGCCCAUCACUACCUUUCGUAGCAUGCAGCCAAUGAGGUAUGUAUUGUCCAUAGUUUAAUUUUGUCAAAUUCAUUCCAAGUGCAGUGCAUGCUUUCAUUUUAUGUUUAGCUAAUAUAGUUUGUGUGUAUUAGUUUUCAUGGUGAAUUAGGGAGAAGUGUUCAAUAAACCUGCUGCAAGAGAA